ACUCCACGCCCCAGACGUUUCUUUCUUCCUGCUCAUCCAUGCGUGUUUAAAUUCCUCUGCACGGGUCUGAGCAGUGGUGUGGAAGAUUGCUGCCUCACAGAAACAAACACACAUGCGCCCCACUAACAUCAGACCCAGCAGCUCGCCACAGGACACGCAUGUGACGCUCCAGCACGGAUCCGGCUUAUCCGUGAAGAAUGAAUCAAACACACGUGUUCUGCUGUUUUCAAUGUUCAGUCUGCUGCUUCCUCGUGAAUCAUGUCUUCCUCCUCGUCCUCCUCCUCUUCCUCGGAGCUGCCCUACUUCUGUCCUCGCUGCGGUGAUGGGUUUCGGUUCUCAUCUGUAACUGAGCUCCGGGCGCACCUGGUCAGCCGACACACCUACGAGACCCUGCUGGUGCUCUCCCAGGCUCGGGUCAGAAGCUCCAGAACCAGUUCUCUCCUCCCACUCCCUAGCCCAGCUGUAUCCCAGAGUCAGAGCCCUUCUAUGGACAUGGAACAUCAAAGCUUGCCCCUGCCACUGGCCUGCUUGGACCUCGCCUCAUCGUCUGCCUCCAUCCAACUGCUCAGGGAGAUGUUUGGUGCUUCCGAUUGCCCUCUGCCUUCUUCUACAGUACAUUCAGAAGGCCCCUCCACCGCUCUGGCCCUUCCUGUAUCUGUGGAUCUGUUUGCUGGGAAGAACCUCGGCGAGGUAGGGGUCCAGCUGGGCUUGGUGGAGAUUGGGCUGGAGGAGCGACUGGGGCUCGGGCUGGAUCAUAAAAUCGCCCGGACGUUCGCGGAGGUUGAGGAGAGGGUGAACCGACGCAUGGGCCGACUGAAAGUGGAGCUACAGAGGAGAGAGAUGGAGCUACAACGGGCGAGGCGAGACAAGGAACGACUCAGGAGUGAGAAACAGGAAGUGGAAGAGAAAGCGGCCUACCUGUCCCGACAGGUCUCAGCUGCCAUGGAGAUGAUGGAGAAAUUAAAGAAAGAUCUUACAGGGAAAGAGAAGGAGCUGAGCAAACGACAACAGGAGAUGGUGGACAUUGAGUAUUUUUUGAGGGAGACGGCAGAGAAAGAGGCCAAAGCCAAAUCCAGGCUGCAGAUGUUCAUUGAGACACUGCUGGAGCGAGCAGAUCGCGCAGAGAGACGGCUCCUGAUGCUUGGCUCGCACGAACAUCGUAACCUCUUCCCAGACAGUGACGGGUAUGCGUACGCCGAGCCCUAUGUGUUCACGGAGGUUUACGAACCUGCACGGAGCCGAGGGGGACGCAGUCUGGAUGGCAGCACUGAUGACAUCAUUGCAAAUAAGAUGCAGGAAACCAUCGGAAACAGGAGGAGUUAUAGCGUGUCGAGCUCCUACAGGCUGGGAGAGCAGCUGCAUGGACACCAUCACUACAGUGGUCUCGCUGGACGAAUGCGAACCUCGUCUCUGGGUUCAGGGGGGUGGAACUGUGAGGCGGCAUCAACCCAUCUCCAUCCAAAUCCCUACGCCCAACCCUGGACUCAACGAGAGAGAGGAGAAGAUGGGAGGAGGGAGAGGUUCUGGGCUGCAGAAGAGGGAUGGGGGAGAACAUGGAACAAAAGAAACUUUCGUCACCACAGCACCGAGGAGGAAGACGAGGAGGAAGAGGAGGAAGAGGAGGGACUGUGGAGCAGUGCUGAGAUGAGGAGACUCAUCUUUGCCAGGACACACACACCUGGAUCAGAUACCUCCUCUUCCGUCCGCUCCACACCCUCCCGUUGCUUUGGUGACAGACAGCUGGUAGCAGACACCCUGCGGCUGAGGGCGGGCCUUUUUUGCAUCUUCCCAUAUUUGGACGUGCAUUCUUUGCUGCGUGCAGCCGAGGUGUGCUCUGAUUGGCGGUUCGUUGCCAGGCACCCUGCUGUUUGGACACGCCUCCAGCUGGAGAACGCCAGAGUGUCUACAGAGUUCCUGACAACGCUGUCACAGUGGUGCACUCAAACUCAGUCUGUGGUGCUCAGCAACCUGAAGCCUCGAAGUCGUCGAGCCAACGAGACGCGAGAGGACUACCACAGAAACAUACGAGGGAGUGUGGAGCCCGGGGUGGAGGCCCUGCUGCGGUCAGCAGGGGGCAGCCUGCUCCACCUGUCUAUCUCUCAGUGUCCCCACAUCCUCACCGAUAGGACACUGUGGCUGGCCAGCUGCUACAGCAGGAACCUGCAGACGCUCACAUACAGGAGUUCAUCAGAUCCUCUCGGUCAGGAGGUUCUCUGGGCUUUGGGUGCUGGAUGCAGGAGCAUCACCAGCCUGCAGGUGGCGCCUGCUCAUCCCUGCCAACAGCCAACUCGUUUUGGUAACCGCUGCUUGCAGACAAUUGGCCGCUGCUGGCCACACCUCCGCUCUCUCAGUGUGGGCGGAGCUGGCUGUGGAACUCAGGGGUUGGUUGCUGCUGUACGCAGCUGUACUCAGCUACAGGUGCUGGAGUUGGAACGUAUUACUGACCUCGGCCUGCAGGCGGCGACAGAGCUGUGUAAAGCUGGACUGAAGAAGAACCUGCAGACAUUGAUCUUGACACAUACGCCUGUGAGCGGUCAGGCCAUCCUGCACUUCCACAGUGAGUGUGAGAACAUCAGGUCUAUCAUUGUCGAGGUCUCUGCGUCAGAUUACUUUGAAGAACCGGACACUGAGGAAGCACAACACCUGUUUGGAGAGAUUCUCAGUACACUGAAGGUUCUUCAGACACGCCCUGGUCUGAGUGACGUCCUGCGGGUUAAAGCCGACAGUUUCUCCUGACCUCAACACAAACUGUUUUCUUUUAUACGUGAGAACGUCUAAAUCUGGGUUUUGUUUUUUUACCUGAAGCCAUUAAUCUUUCCCUGAACUAAUGUGUGCAAUAUUUACUACACACUGGCCCAAACUGUUUACCUACCUGUAGCUUGAUUUAUUUAAAAAAAGAA